GGGGUGCGUCAAGUCGCAAGAAGUGAAGCUCGCUUGCCUAAAAGAAGCAGGGAUUCCGAACGCGGCGAAGAAAUUGAACGCCCAAGACCCGUUGCUGCAGUAUGCUUUCAAACCCCAAGAGAUUUGGGAGCUCAUGUGUAAAAUCAUGAGCAUGUGGCAGAAGGGCGAGGUCAAAGGCCAAAAACUGAAGCCGGCUGCGAGGAGCUUCUUGAAAGCGGACCAGGAUCUGAAACCGAGUGAGUCCGAGGGCGCGAAGAAAAGCCAGCGUGGGAAGAGGCUUGAUAGGGCGGCUGCGAAGGAACAAGAAAUUGCGCUUCUUUAUCCACGGGUGCAACUGCAGGGUAACAAGGUCCCCAUGGUCACCGAGGACAUCUCAGCGCAACACUGGAUAGCCAUGGGUAGUAUGGCUCCAGAGAACGCCGUCCCUAUCCUCCUUGAGGUCAUUGCGAAACAGAUCUCGCUUAAGGAGAUGGAGAAGAAGUUCCAACUUAUCAAGCAAAUCGCCUACGUCUGCAAGGCAUUCGCAGUGGGGGUGGGUGUUGUUGACUUCAAGGACGCCGAGAAGGAGUAUCCUCUCCACACAAAGAAAGAGAUUUUGAAGAAGUUCGUUGGUGGUAUCAGAAGGGGUCAGACAAGUAUCCCCGCACUGGAUGGCCAUAUUAAACGGACCAUUGAAUGGAAGAACAAUGAGAGGAGACUGCAAGCGAAGAACGCUAUUCACGCAUUCCGUACGAAACCUCUCCUGGAACCGUUCGUCGAGUGGACGGAGGUGACACACGACAACGACUCUGCGGAAGUGAAAAUUAUCAAUGGCGACAUGCGCUUGUUGUCGAAGCUGCGGACAGAAAAGUUGCCGAUAUCUCUGGCUAUUUUCGACUUCCCUUACGGGUUCGCGCACGAGGGCUACACAUCUGAUAAUGAGUCGUUUCUGGAGUCGGACGUUGUGGAGGUUCUUCACAAUCUGAAGGACGUUUCCAGUGCCGUUGUGGACAGUUGCGGGAUUUUGUUCCGUGGACAUGCUUCCUUCCAUCCGUUCCACGUUCCGGGAGGUUUGCAACGUAGGGCAGGAGCUUUUGACGUGGUGCAAGCCUAAUGUGACGAAUCCGGGUGGGCCGCGGCUUGUGAGUGCGACCGAAUUCUGCGUGCUCGCCUACUACAGUGAGAGUGGGCAGCGCGAGAUGGCGCAUUACAAUUU